CCUGUUUGUGUCGGCAGAAAACAGCGCAUUGAUUCAUGCCGCCGAGAGAUAUUUUCCCGAGAAAACAGAUUCAAACAUAAAACCCCAGGAUAUUUUCCCGGAAAAUUCCGCCGAAAUUCAAAAACAAGAAAAUGUUGAAGCGAAGGUCCAAUUCGUACGGCAGAGCCAGGGAUAGCUCCAAUACGGCGCCGUCUUCGACGUCAAGGGACGAGGAAGUUGCGUGGGAAAUGAGACCCGGAGGAAUGCUGGUUCAGAAAAGAGGUGAGAAAUCGGACGUUCCGGCUCCGAAUUUACGGCUUCGGAUUGCUUUCGGUGCUCUGCGGUACGAGAUCUCGGCAGCCUCUCAAUCCACCUUCGGGGAGUUGAAGAAGGUUCUGACGGCAGAGACUGGGUUACAGCCUGGCGAGCAGAGGCUAUUAUUCAGAGGAAAAGAGCGAGAAAACGGUGAGUAUUUGGACAUGUGGGGGGUCAAAGACCGGUCAAAAGUCAUACUGAUCCAGGACCCAGCGAGCAUCGAGAGAAGGGCCGAUGAGAUGCGUCGAAAUGCUAAGAUCCAGAGCGCACAUCGCGCCAUAUCGGACGUGUCCGUGGAGGUCGAUAAGCUCGCGGAGCAGGUCUCUGCAAUUGAAAAAUCCAUCUCAAAUGGAGUCAAGGUAGCAGAAGUUCAGAUCACAACACUCAUUGAGAUGCUCAUGAGGCAAGCCAUCAAGCUGGACAACAUUUCUGCAGAAGGAGAUGCUGUUGCUUCAAAAACUUUGCAGGGCAAGAGGGUGCAGAAAUGUGUUGAAAGUCUGGAUGUGCUGAAGAUAUCAAAUGCAAAUGUAAAGCCUGUUGUUGUGACGACCAAGUGGGAGACAUUUGACCCCCCUCCAACCACACCCCAUUGGGAAUUUUUUGAUUGAUCUUUUAUGAUCACGGUCGCCUUUUUUGGUUUUCUUUGCUCAUUCGUGUUAUGUAAUUAGCUGGAGAGGAGCACAGUGAACUACCUGUACUUAUAGCUCUUCCUCCUCCAUGAACUUUGCCAAUAAAUGUUGGUUAUAAUAUAUAGUUAGACCAGUGCAGUUUUACCAUAGCGCUUUGCUACUAUUU